AUGGCGUGGUCAAUGACUGAUACUCAGCGAAUGUCAAGUCGGGCAUCGAUUAGACAAAGCAUUGCUUUGAGACGAUUAACAACACGUGAAACUCUGCGAAUGUCUAUUCAGGAACCAUCAUUAUUGGAUAAAAGACUCAUUGAAGCAUUUGAUGUAUUUGAUAGUGCAAAAACAGGUGAAAUAGAUGUUAGAGAUUUGGGAACUGUUAUAAGAGCAUUGGGAUGUGUUGUUACCGAGGCAGAGUUGCAAGAAAUACAAGUUGAAGUGGAAAAUGUAGAAAAUAAUUGUGUACCAUUACAUAGGUUUCAAGAGUAUAUGUCCAAAGCUAUUAAUGAACGCAAAUAUAAACCAGCUGAACCAGAAGAUUUAUUAAAAGCAUUUCAAUUACUGGAUCCUGAAAAUCGGGGAUACGUUAUGCGAGAUGUUUUAGAAAAAGCAAUGAUGGAAAUUGGAGAACCAUUUUCCAAGGAAGAAAUAGACAACAUGAUGGCUAUUGCGUGUGAUCCAAAAACAAAUAAAAUUAAUUACGAACACUAUAUUAAUUUACUGCUUGUAUGCAUUAAUUUAUUACAUAUAAACAUAAAAGUUCAUUUUUUCUGCACGUCACUUAUAGGUCAAAAUACCACCCGAAAAGAAUGUAUAUGA